UCUUCCCCACCAUCUUCCUCUUCACCACCAUCUUCCUCUUCCCCACCAUCUUCCUCUUCCCCAUCAUCUUCCUCUUCACCAUCAUCUUCACCAUCUU